AUGCUGACCCCUCCCACGCAAGCGGAGGUCCAGCCUCCAAGCCCCUACUGCCGGGGCAAAGGGGCAGCCGUGAGUCUGCGGGCUAAUGGGUCGCAGCGCUGCCCUCCAGCCUCACUGAGGGCACUGGGUGCUCCAGGGCUGACCCGGGGACGCUGCGGAGGGAGUGGCGAAGGCUACCAGUCCCUGCUCACGAAAACACAGAAAAAGGCGGAUCCUCCCGACUCCUGGCUGUUUUUCUGGGACUACAAUUACACAUAUGGCUUGUGUUUGGCUGUCCCUGAGAGAACUGUGAGAUGGUGCACGGUGUCAGAUCAUGAGGCUAGAAAGUGCUCCAGUUUCCGUAACAGUAUGAUGACGGUCUCUCCAUUUGAUGGUCCUUUUGUGACCUGUGUAAAGAGAACCUCCUAUUUUGAGUGCAUCGAGGCCAUCACGACAAACCAAGCAGAUGCUGUGACUCUCGAUGCAGGCUGGGUGUAUGAGGCAGGCCUGCCCCCCCGAAACCUGAAACCUGUCGUAGCAGAGUUCUAUAGGUCAAAAAACAAUCUAAAAACCCACUAUUAUGCUGUAGCUGUGGCACGGAAGGGCAGUGGUUUCCAGCUGAACCAGCUCCAAGGCAAGAAGGCCUGCCACACAGGCCUGAACAGUGCUGCUGGCUGGAAUGUUCCCAUCAACUUACUUCUCUAUGACUUGCCAAAGCCACAUGUGCCAGUUGAGAGUGGUAAGCUGGCAGGGGCUGUGUCCAAGUUCUUCUCGGGCAGCUGUGUCCCCUGUGCAGAUCCGAAAAUGUUCCCCAACCUGUGUCAGCUGUGUGCGGGGACAAGGACAGCCAAGUGUGCCUGUAACUCCCAGGAACCAUACUUUGGCUACUCAGGCGCCUUCAAGUGUCUGAUGGAUGGUGUUGGGGAUGUGUGUUUUGUGAGACACAUAUCACUGUUGGAGAACUUGGACAAGUUCCAAAAGGACUUGUUUGAGCUGCUUUGUCCAGACAACACCCGGAAGCCUGUGGAUGCAUACAAGGAAUGCUACCUGGCCUGGGUACCUUCUCACGCUGUCGUGGCCCGAAGUGCAGAUGGCAAGGAGGACUUGAUCUGGGAGCUGCUCAGUAAGGCACAGGAAUAUUUUGGAAAAGACAAGUCAGCAGAAUUCCAACUCUUUGACUCUCCUUAUGGGAAGGACCUGCUGUUCACAGACGCUGCCCAUGGUUUUCUAAAGAUCCCCCCUAAGAUGGACUCUUGGCUGUACCUGGGAUCUGAGCAAAUCACUGCCAUUAAGAAUCUAAGGACAGGUACAUACGACACCAAGCAGGUGCAGUGGUGUGCAGUGGGCAAUCAUGAGAAGGCCAAGUGUGACAAUUGGAGUGCUGUGAGUGGUGGCAUCUUAAAGUGCACCGUGGAGGAGACCACCGAGGACUGCAUUGCUGCCAUUGUGAAAGGAACAGCUGAUGCCAUGAGCUUGGACGGAGGAUUCAUCUACACAGCGGGCAAGUGUGGUUUGGUGCCUGUCCUGGUAGAGAACUACAUGUCUAGAGCUGACAAUAAGGACCUUGCGUCUAAGUGUGUGAAUACACCUGUGCAAGGUUAUUACACCGUAGCAGUGGUUAAGAAAUCAGAUGCCGAUCUCACCUGGAGCUCUCUGAGAGGCAAGAGGUCUUGCCACCCCGCGGUUGGCACAUCUGCAGGUUGGAACAUACCCAUGAAUUUAAUAUACAACCAAACCAGGUCCUGUAAAUUUGAUGAAUUCUUCAGUCAAAGCUGUGCCCCUGGGUCACACCUCAAUUCCAGUCUCUGUGCUCUGUGUAGCAGCAGUCUUUCAAGUUCAGUGCAUACGUGUGUCCCUAACAGCCACGAGAAAUACUAUGGCUUUACAGGGGCUUUCAGGUGUCUAGUUGAGAAGGGAGAUGUGGCCUUUGUGAAGCACUCCACAGUCCUGCAGAACACUGACGGAAAGAACACUGCCCCAUGGGCUAAGGAUCUGAAGCAAGAAGACUUUGAGUUGCUGUGCCUUGAUGGCACCCGGAAGCCUGUGACUGAGGCUCAGAGCUGCCACCUGGCCAUAGUCCCAAGUCAUGCAGUGGUCUCAAGUAAAGAGAAGGCAGAAUUUGUUCGCAGGGUACUCCUCAACCAACAGGAGCUCUUUGGAAGAAGUGGGUUUGAAUAUGCAAUGUUCCAGCUGUUCACAUCCUCAGGCAAGGACCUGUUGUUCAGUGAUGACACCCAAUGUUUGGCCAACCUUCAGAGCAAAACAACUUAUGAAAAAUACUUAGGACCCAACUAUCUUAUGGCUUUUGAUAACCUGAGGCAAUGUUCAACCUCCGAACUUCUGGAGGCCUGCAUAUUCCAUGGAAAUUAA